UGGUGCGCCUGACAAGAGAAGAAACAGCUGGAGAGUAUCAUUAUUAUACGAUGGUAUAAAAGUUACAGAAUACAAGGAUGCUGCUCCGUGGUUUCAGAACUCAGCUUUGAAUAGAAUUUCCCUAAGUAUUUACACUUUCCGGACGCAAAACAACGCAGGCGCAAUGACAUCAUAUCUCUAAAAGGUUAUAAUGGAGGACAACAUCGGCUGAGGCAGCAAUUCUCUCUUUUCACGAUUUGUUGGACUUGUGCCCACGAUGACUUCUUUUCAAAAGACAUUUCGCAAAAGUGGAAGUCAUCAUGCAGAAUUUCACUCUUUGCAAGGAGUCGAGGUCAAAAUUGGAGAGAAGUUCAGACCACCGAAAAAGGUAACAUUACCUGUUGGAUGGCAGCAAAGAGAUCCCUCAGCUGUCCUAAGCUUAACAUAUGACUUCAGUCUUGAAAAAGAUGUCAUUUCUAAAGCAGAUGCCUUAAAGGCCUCUACAAAAACAGAGGUGCAAUCCUCACCUGAAGCUCAUCUGGAAAGUUCUUCUUCAGAUGCUCCUCCUGGUCAAAAUGUAGUCUUUUCAAAUUUCGGAAGUGAAAUUCUUCAACCUGUGGUUGCUCCUGGAUUAGGACAUAAAAAAAGUGAUAGCUUUGGGGGAAAAGGAAAAAAAUCAUUUGACUUGGCAGAUUUUGAGGGUGACACAUCAACACCAUUUGAACUUGUGGAAUUGCAAACAAUAAAUGAUAUGGAUGAACUAAAAAAUGUUCUUCAACCUGACAUGAUAAGGCCAGCUACCUCUUUGGAAAAUCCAUCCAGCUCUCAUGCUGAUAAUAAACUAAAUACCUCUACAAGUACUUCAGCUACUACCGUCAGUGUUUCUCCUUCUCAUAACUCACUAAUUGAUAUUACGGGAACAAAUUCUUUCAAUAAACCUUCACCUGUCACUAAACUUUCAGAUGCAAUAACCUCAACCAAUGUCAACGAAGCGGGUGCAUUGCUAGUUGACUUCGGAGAUUCAAAGACGUCUUCAAGUACUCAUCAAGUUUCAGCUGUAAAUAGUGACUCAGUCACCACUACUUCUUCUUGUAACACAAGACUUUUUCCUGAGAACAGGCCAAUCUCCAGGGGGGCAGUGUUACCCCCAAUUGGGCACAGUUUUUCCUCAGCAGGUUCUCAACAACUGCAAGGACAAACCCAUUCUCAAAUUUCAACACAUGCUAAUGAGAGUAGAGAUUCAUUCCAGGGUGGAAUUUAUAGUUUUCCAAAAACUCCUCCAUUGCAAGGGCAACAAGCAAUUGCAAUAGGUCAAGAUGCUAGAACACAAUUCAGACAGAACAGCCCUCCCUCAACUGUUUCUAGUUUAAGGGAACCGGAGUGGAAAGUCCCAGAAUCCCCUGAACUUCAAAAUCCUGGAGUGUGUGGGCGUUAUCCUUCUCCAUUGCCUCCAAUUGGAAAGCUAGAUCAAGGGCAAAGGAUUGGUAAAGUUUGUGAAGAUAGGUCCUCUUUACCAGAUCCAUGGCCUGUUUUAGAAGAGUCAGAAAAAGCAUUUGUCAAAAAUAUUGCAAGCAUGGGUUUCCCUCAGGCACGUGUUAGUAGGGCUGUGCAGAGACUAGGGAUGAAAGACAGUGAGGUCAUGGAAUUCCUAUUGGCUGUAAAUGAUUUGAUUGAAAAGAAAUAUCCUCCAGACACUGUCGAAGUUGCCCUCAUAUAUAAUAACAAUGAGAAAGCCAAGGCAGCUGAAUUUCUUGAACUGGUGAAGAAAUAUAAAGACUUUGGCUUUAAGGAAGAUAACAUACUGAACUGCCUGCAAGCUGCUAAUAAUGAUGAAGAAAAAGCUUUGGAAUAUCUUUGUAGUCUUGGGUCCACAUAACAGGAAACAAUUUCACUGAAAGUCAAGUUUGAUGUUCCCUUGCAGGAGUGGUCAACAGACUAUAGCUGAGGAGGAACACCCCUGCAAUAGCUAAAUUCUUUAAGAACUAACUCUUAAUACUGAAUACUGAAAACCAAUGACCCUGUUGUCUCUUGGAAUUAGUGACGUAUGCCAGAUCAAUCAAAUUUAUGCGAAUCUUUCAAAAGUGGAUCGUUAUAGCGGUAAAAUAUGUAAAUGCUGUUGGUUGCGAUUGUCAGGCAUGUUGUCAGGCAUUAAAGUUGGUUUUGAUAUAAUCGUAGAAUCGUGCCUUUUCGAUCAAUGUCGAAACAUAGAUUGGAAUAAAACUGCAUUCUAACUAUCUUCGAAUUAAACAGUUGACAACUAUUUAAUCAUUGAUUUGUGUGAACAGUGUCAAGAUGGCCUAUAGCUAACGAUAGAAAAAUAUUAAUUUUCUCAACACAGUGCACAUAUGUAGAAAUAUCAAGGUCCACUCAUUUUGUAGAACUGUGAGUUAAGGUAGACUUCGUUUUCAUGUAAACAGUCCUGAAGUAUUGUUGCUUAUGUCAAUUUGAUUCCAGCCUAAAAGCUGUUUGGAAAUUUUUGACAUGUUUGUUGGUUGGUUUGAGCUACUAAAUUUUAUAUUAACCAAUGGGACACAUCACCAGGAUUGUUUAUAAUUUUUUUCUGUAAUGGCUCACAACAACAAGUACCAAUAAUCUGGUGACAGUUUUUAUAAGUGCCUGUGUUAUUUAUUGCUUACGAAGACGCUUAUUGUGAACAGGAAAGCAAAGCAAGUAUGAGCGUUGCAGGUUGGGGACUGCUCCCCAUCCAUUCACACUAAUUGCAGCUUUUACUUAAAUUCUCUCUCUUACGUUAAGUUUUGUAUGUUAAAAGAUCGAGAAGAAUAUAUAAGUAAAUAAUAACUAAUAACCUAAUUAUACAAUUACAGUGGUUUUAUUUUUUCCUAGUGUAGAUGAUUCACUUUUUAUUUACAAAUAAUGAACAAUGCAAAGGGUGUAGUCGUAAAACUUGCUCAGAAGGCGUUUAGUUCAAUGUGUUCACCCUUUUUCCUAAAAAAAGUUCCUCAAAUUAGAAUUUAUGGUUACGGAAUUAAAAAAGGAACAAAGUGUAAUAAAAGAUGAGAGUAAUGAAGCGUUA